AUGGGAUCCUAUAGACAUAAUGUAGAAACGAAAUUUCCAGAACCUCUACCGCCACCUCUACCGGAAAAAUCCAUCCCGAUCGGAAUAACAAAACCGGAAAUUAGUCAUCCGAUCGUAAAAUCAUUGACGACUUUACAAGAUCGAACUCCGCCGACGCCGUCACCGCCGCCACCACCUCCUCCAUCUUGUCCGACUCCAGAUUAUUAUUCGGAUAAUAAUUCAUCAUUACCCGACAACCAAAGUAUCGAUGCUAGUCAAACGGUUAAAACUUCAAUAUUGAAAUUCGAAGAGAAAAACAAAAGGUCGCCGAAGUUGUUGUUGUCUUCGUCUACGAACGGUGGAACGACAAACGUACCCGUUCAUAAAACCGUCACGUUCGGCGUUAAUAGUACAAAAGAAAUAACACCGUUGAAAAAAUCAAAUUGUAAAUUUUUAAACGCCGCCGCAAUUAAAAAUCAUUUUAUAAACAUGUCGGAUAAGAAACAACAACAGCAACAACAACAGCAGCAACAACAGGAUAAAGUUGAAAUGCAAAGCAUUGAAUCGUUAGAUUUGACGGAACCUAAAAAAAUAUCACCCAAACCACCGCAAGUUUAUUUUCAAAAAAACGAUUGUCGCUCUCGCGCACCCCCACUACCCCCCGUGAAAAAAACAACCGUCAUUAAAAUAACGGAAUAUCCGACGGAUAAACCGAGGAGGGAACCAUCGAAAUUCGAUUUUAUUAAUCGUAAUUCGAAAGAAAACGGUUUCGACAGCGAAUUGGCAUCCACUCUCCUAAGAUCAAAUCUUAAAAACAAAGUCGAUGCAUUUUCUAAAUAUUCAAACGGGAACACGGUUAUUAAAACCGGAAACGAUAAAUCAUCGACCGUUAAUAACGUUAAUUGUAUUUCCGGUCGUUUAAAUUCUCAUCAUCCGAUUUGUUCUCCGACCGUUAUUCCGACGGGUGUGAUAACCGAAAAUCAAAUAUCAACGGCUAAAAAAUCAUUGAAAACUUUUGAAAAAAAUUCCCCCAGUAACACUGUAGUUUUCAAAAUCCCUAAAAUCAAUUAA